AUGGCUUCCUUCACAGUCCCGUGCCCCAAAGCAUGCGCUGCCCCCAUGGCUCGCCUUGGCUCUACUGCCCAAACUUCGCAGCCGCAGCAGCACCUGCUUUCCUUUCACAACUGCCUCAAUCGCUGUCCCAUUCCCUUUCUGCAGAUUUCUGGGCUUCAGAGCCCCAUCAGGAAGCAAUCUGCUGCCUGGAAGGUGCAGGCACAGCUUAGUGAGGUAACUGAGAAAUCAUCGAAUUCUGCACCCAUAAAUAACACCAAGUCUGAAGAUGGAUCACUGGAAGGGAAAGAUGAGUCUACUGAAAAGCGUUCCAGCAAUAUUCCAGAUGCAUCAUCAAUAUCAGCAUUCAUGGCUCAAGUAUCAGACCUGGUUAAGUUAGUGGAUUCAAGAGAUAUUGUGGAGCUCCAAAUGAAGCAACUAGAUUUAGAGCUCGUGAUAAGAAAGAAAGAAGCCUUGGAGAAGCCAGCCCCACAAGCUCCUAUUGCUCCACCACCAGCACAUUAUCCUUAUGCCAUGCUACCACCUCAACAAGCAGCAGCCCCAGCAACUGCUCCUGCUCCAGCAAGCCCUCCGGCAGCAGCAGCACCUGCAUUACCCGCCCCUGCAAAGGCUAGCACAUCUUCUCACCCUCCACUGAAAUGCCCCAUGGCUGGAACCUUUUACCGUUGUCCUGGACCUGGUGAACCACCUUUUGUUAAGGCAAGUGUGGGGGAUAAAGUUCAGAAAGGUCAAGUCAUUUGCAUCAUUGAAGCCAUGAAGUUGAUGAAUGAAAUUGAGGCUGAUCAAUCUGGGACAGUAACUGAGAUACUGGCCGAAGAUGCAAAACCAGUGAGUGUAGAUACGCCUCUUUUUGUCAUAGUACCAUGA